GUCCCUGUCAUCACCAUUCACCAACCCCUCAGCUCUCCGGUCUGCUCUGCAGAUCUGUAUGAAUUAAACCUCUUUCUCGAUCAUAUACACAAAUAUGGGACACGAUAAGGCUAAUUUUGCUGUAAUUAUGCUUGUGCUUCUUCUCAGCUUCUCCUUUAUGCUCUCCUCUUCUUCUGCAGUUCCGACAUCAAGAACCUUCAAGUCUUUUAAGGACGAGCACCCAUCAGUCCAGGAUUUCCACUCCCAGGGUGAAACCUUGGAGAUGAGAUGGAGUGAUGCUGGAGAGGUGGAAGAGGAGGUGUUCGUGGGGGCUGGAAGAAUGGUUUUGGAAACCACAGACUAUCCAGGAACAGGAGCAAACAACAACCAUGACCCAAGCACCCCUGGUGGAAAAACUUAACUAUUAAUGAUCAAUUAAUAAUCACUUUCACUACUGCACACACACACGCACACACACACAUAUAUAAUAUAUAUAAACCACUAAGAAGAAGAAGAAGAAGACGAAGAAGAGUUGUUUUGAAGUGAGUGUUUCUUUGUGUAUGCUUGGAUGAUUAUGGUUUCUUUUCCUUUUUCACAGUGUGUACCAAGUACAAGCAAUAUCUAACAUCCAUGAAUGAAUGAGAGAAACUAAAGUUGGAUACA